AACUAUGGGUUACAGCGAUCGUAGUGUGACCCGGACGUGCAGACAUAAAAAACAAGUCUCCAUCUUUGUUCUUAAAACAAAACAACUGAAAUAAAACGAUUAUUGUGUCCGAAUCUGUUUCUCAGUAAUGCCAUCAUUUUACUUUUCUUUGCUUUUUCUUUGCUUCGUGAAAGUCCAAAUUCAAUCCUUGCCAGACUAUUUCAGUUCUUAUUCAUUUAUUUAGAUCAUUUCUUUUCAUUAUGAUCAUAGUUUAAGGAAAUCCACUUCAUGAAAAAGACAAAUUCCUGGAUUUUUCCUGGGUAUCCAUCCUUUGGCAAGCCCUAUUUUUAACCAGUUUUAUUAACUGGGGUUUCAUUUAAUUAAGCUUAAUUGAAAAUUUUGUUUAUCAGAUGGUCAGAAACAUUAAGAAUGGCUCAAAAGAGAGCGCCAAAACAUAAUAAUAAUUAGGCUACUGUAUGUGAUCAGGAAGGUUUAUGUGCACAGUCAACUCUAGUCUGCAGCAACUGAAACAGUUUUGUGAAUUUUACUCGAUCACAGCUUAAAUCUAUGAGAUUAAGUGAUGGGGCUGUCACUGUGUUUUUUCCUCUUCUAAAAAUUGUCACUGACAGACAAAAGCGACUGAAAUGAUAACAUUAAUCCUGCUUUUGCAUUUAUUUUGAAGGCUUACGCGCAUCAAGAAAAUCUUGACUCCUGCUGGCUUGCCGUAGUCUAUUUCCAUGGUGACAACAGUAAACAAGAGCGCCGUUAUCUGUUUAAAAGUUUCUCUGUUUCUGGCCCGAAGGCUCAAAUGUCCGUUCAGGCGGAUCCUCCGGAGCAGGAGGAGACUGAUCUGCUCUUCAUCGUGUUUGAAGGAUCCUCCCCGGAGGAUGUGUCCCACGCCAGGCAGCUGUGGAGCUCCCUGUCCCUGCUGCCGCCGCUGGAGUCGCGGCUGGUGUCGGCGGAUAUCCGCCAGAGGCUGCCGGUGUCUCGGCCGCAGCGCAGCGGCAGCACCGCCGCCGGUCCCGCUCCGGAGCCGCAAAGAGUCCCCGAUCCUCGGCAGAGGCAGGAGGAGAGGCAGCGGUACGCGGCCAUGGGGGACCAGAGGAAGGAGAUCCUGGCUCUGCUGAGGAGGCAGAGGGAGCGGAGGAUCCAGAAGGAGCUGCUCUCUGUGGCCUUCAAGCCCAAAGAGAAGGUCGGCAGAGAAAACAAAGGAAAAGAAAAGCCUGAGGAGAACUCUGAGGACAGGGAGCUGGUCAGGCAGCUUCAGUAGGAAGAAACUGGGAGUGUAGAGAGGAGCAGGUGUUCCUCGGGGAUCCAUUCUGGGACCUCUUUAAUUCACUGGGCUGAUAACAUUUUAAAGUAUAUCUGGCCAUUAAAAUGUUUC